AUGUCGGAUUCCAUCAAUUACGAUCAAAUUAAAGAAGCUGCCGCUCAUCAUCCAAAACCUCAAAAUCUCAAUUAUACCUAUGGAACCGCUGGUUUCCGUAUGAAAGCAGAUUUAUUGGAUUCUGUGAUUUUCAGAGUCGGUAUCUUGGCAGUUUUACGUUCAAAAAAGCUUGAUUCCAAAACGAUCGGUGUCAUGAUUACCGCCUCACAUAAUCCUGAACAAGAUAAUGGUGUUAAGCUUGUUGAUCCUUAUGGCGAAAUGUUGGAACAAUCAUGGGAAGGUUACGCAACUCGAUUGGCAAAUGCCCAAUCUGUCGAUGAUUUAGUUGUCAUCAUUAAACAAAUCAUUUCACAAAAUGACAUUGAUGAAUCGAAGCCUGCUACUGUU